AUGGCUGGAAGUGUAACACUUACAGUACCCAAAAGGGAGCUAUUUGUGGUGCCGCCAGGGUUUCAUCCAAACGCAUCCUUUUUUGGAAUGCAGAAAGAGCUUGAAAUACUUCAUUCUAGGCUGUACAAGGCAAAGAACAGAGCAGAGCGCCUCAUGGCCGUUCUUGUCUGCGGAGUUCCUGGUUCAGGAAAGUCACACCUCGCACGCCAAUAUAUCUGGAGCCAACGUAAAAAAUAUCCUGGUGGCGUCUUCUGGGUCGAUGCGAAAACGCGCGAAUCAACCGCCAAGUGUUUCUGGGAUAUUGCACAAGCGGCUAUGCUGACAGAAGCUCAGGACUUGCAACAGCCUCAGAAGUAUGUAGAGGCCGUUCGAAACUGGCUACAAGUCCGUGAAGAAUGGCUCCUAAUUUUUGAUGGCAUCUCGUUCGAUCAUGACGACGACCUCAACAAUUUCCGACAAUUCCUUCCCUUCAACAAAAAUUGUAGUAUUAUCUACACAUCUGUGGAUAAGACGUUGCGGAAGAAGCAACGCUUAUAUGAGCCAUACUGCCUGCAGAUUAAACCCCUCCAGGUUGAAGAUGCAUGCAAGCUUCUCUUCAAAGACCUCGGUAUCAGAAAGCCAACCCCGAGCCAAAUCCGCAAAGCUACUGAACUGGUAACUCACUACGAAUGUCUCCCUCUGGCUAUUCAUGCAAUCAGUCACCGUCUCAGUGCGACAUCUAAAUCUAUCGACAAAUACCACGUCAACUCCCACUUGACGGACGAGAAACUUGCAGAGCCAUUUUUGAGCAUUAUGCAUGACUUGUAUCGAAUUGGGCACUUCGAAGCGUUGAACUUGAUUAACAUUUUGUCAUUUUUCGGUCAUCAUGUCCCGGUUGGCUUGAUUAACCUGGGGAAGGCUGCCCUGGAGACGUGGCACGUCGACAUCCUAACCAGUAGUAGACCUGGUGAGCAAGGGGAUAUUGACACAACAUUGGGGAUCCUUAUCCGAUACGGACUCAUAGAAAGACACACGGAUGCUUAUGCGCUCCAUCCAAAAGCGCUAUCACCGAGAUCUGAAAAGGAUGAGAUCUUAGACAUAGCGGCAGUUGCCCCCGAUCUAUCGGAAUCGCAAACAGAAAGUAGCCAAGAUGCAUCCUUUUCUGUCUAUCAGAGUUCCGGCUCUAUUGACCUGAUCAAAAUCCAUAGCGUUGUACAAGGCUUCUGUCGAGAUGAGCUUAAGAUCAUGGACGAGGAACGAAGAAAAUCCUUUUCUACAAAUGCAACCAAUUCGGACGCUGGCUUUUAUGAUUCCUGGCUGGUAGUUGCCACCCGCGUCUUCUGCAUGUCCUAUGAGCACGCAAAGAAGCGGAUGGACCGCCUUGAUGACUAUGGCUUAGUGAAAGAUUAUCGUGAAUAUGAAAUGCACGCGUCAAAGUUGCUGGAUAACUUUCCCAAGAAAUCCUCAAAGGAGCCAAAGACACUUCGAGAAGUUCGGCAUGACCUCGGGCAAGUCAUGAGGAGUAUCAGUAAUGAAUUAGAGAAAAUCUCGCCAAGUUCAUCACAGGAAAGCGUUCGCAAACAGCGAUCUGUCUUUGAUCGGUCGAGCAGUUCUUCGUCGUCUGCGCCCGAGUCUGCAACAGAUGAAGGGCCGUCGCGAACCUUAACAUGGGAAUUCAGUGAUAUGGUAGAGCGGAAGGCUGAAUCACCGGAAGAGAUGCCAAUGUCGCCGCCCCAUUUCAACUUGAAGCCGUUUCUCCCUCACAUCUUCCGAUGGUCCAAGAGAGAUGAUGAGAAAGGGUACGAAAGCGACGGCGAAGGGUUACAAGCUAUCCAUCGAACGUCCCCGGCACUGUCGCAGGUUAGUCAGGCAACGGAGAGACCAAAGUCUUCACGAUCUUCCAGUGCUGCACAUACUACAUAUGAUCAAGAAUGGCAGGUAGUAGAGAAGUCUCCCAGACUCAAAGCAAGUAGGGAUAGGCGUCCGAAGCAGAGACCAAAGUUCCCACGCAGCGCCUGGGGUAUAAAGCCAGCAGCUCCUAUUCUGAGGAUAUUCCCAGUCGAAGGAAGAAGCGCAUCGAGCAGUAUCCUGGAGAAAGGAAGUCGAAGCAGCUCCAUCAUUUCUGCUUCCGAGGCCCUAACGGCCGUUCAUAACGCAAGCCCACCAUCAGCUUUCGGGAAAGCAGUGAAUGACAGGCUUAUGUUGCAUAAGGAAAACGUACCAACGUAUGCUACAGUGGCUGCUAGGCGCACCCAGGACGCUGCCGCCUCAUCGAAACAGCGGUCAUCAUCGACGCCCGGUGGACAGACACGUCCCAAACUCCUAAGACUGAAAAGCAAAUCCUCCGGUGGCUCCCUUCACAGCCGAUUGGGCAACGCGCCGCUGUUACCAUUACCUCCUGAUCUCAAAUCAGACCCAAUGAGUCGAUCAACAUACAGUGAGCCAGACCAAGCGUAUCUCACCCAUCAAUUAAACGCCUUAGACCUGAGGACACCUCAUGAUUCUCGGUACCGUUCUCGGCACCUGUCUACGGUAAGGGCAAUGGGCGCUGUCGACAUGUCCGCAAGUACCCCUUCGGUUCUGACCUACCUGCCUCCUCUUCCGUACGACAAUAAUAUUGAGGUCAGUUAUUCUCGUCGAGUGAGCGCUACGACUCAAGCGGCAACUGUCAGUCAGCCGCUGGCCAGCUUUAAUCCAAUAACGCAUCCGUCUGCCAUCAUGCCCGGCGCAUCUCCACCACCUUCUGUGGCUGCGGAGGCACCUACUGGAUACGCAUCCGAUCCGGCACCUGAACCAAUGUCUCGAGGUGGAUCAGCGCAGUCCCAUCAGUCUUGGGCUACCGAGCCAGUUCGUUAUCCGCCCAGACUCUCUCCAAUGCCUUCGAAUGCGCAAACUGCAAUACCACCCGUCUCUAUCACGCAAACCGGUCAGGGCCCCUGGUUCACCAUGAGCUCGGUCUCCGGCCACAAGAGCUGCAUGGUAUGCGUGCCCGGAGUGGCAGCUCUCCUCCUCGGCCUGGAUCUGACGGGUUAG